AUAAAUUUCAUUGGCCAGUGGUAGUUAUCAACAAACAUGGAGGAAAUAGGCGUGUUCAUAUGUGGUUGCAUAUUCUUUCCUUCAUGUUUUGUCAUAAUUAGAUAUUCUUUGUAUAAGUUCUUUGGUUCAAAGCUUACAGAUGGUGACGUGCACAAUGUUACAGAGAAGUGUGUUUCAAGUAUUCAAGCAGCAGUAGCAACAGUUGUUGGUUUAAUAAUAGCAAUCAAGUGCCAAAAAGAAAUCAUGACAGACAGACAUUGGCUGACCAAUACAUAUGCAAUUUUUGGGAUACCCUAUUUCACUUAUGACACCUUUGCAAUGUACUUUUCAUAUAUCUAUACCAAACCUGAGGUACAAGCCAGACCUUUUCUACAAAGACUUAAACAUUUUGCUGAAAACUCUAAAGCAAUGCUGUGCCAUCAUCUUCUCUUGCCUCUAAUUUUAUUCCCAUCAAUAAUUGUUUUCCGUAAAGGAUUAGGAGACUUUUUUGUUGGAGUUUUGUAUAUGUGUGAAUUCACCAUUCCCUUUAUCUCAGCAAGAAUGAUUCUAGCUCAGUUACAGAUGAAACACACAUGGUACUACAUUGUGGCCGGACUUUCAAUGAUUGCAUCAUUCCUCAUCUCUCGUGUGCUGGUUUUCCCAUUUUUGUAUUGGAGAUAUGCAGUUUACAGAGGUAUCUCCCUUUCUCAGGUUCCCCUUGGGAUCCCCUUGAAGUGUAAUAUUGGUUGUCUAGUCAUCUUGCUUCCCCAAAUCUACUGGCUAUUCCUCAUGGUGCGAGGUGCAGGCAAGGUAUUCUAUAAAAUCUAUUUCAAAUCCAAACCACAGUGAUACAAAGUGGAUACAGAGUUUUUUGCAAUUGGUUCCAAAGACCUGAUAUUGCUUUUUAGUUAUGUUGAUACAAGUACCAGCUGAAAGAAUUCCAAAUAUUUAUACAUUUGUUCAUAUUUUUUGUUUAUUUGUUUGUUUGUUCUUUAUUUGAAUAUUUGUAAUAAAUCCAAAGUGUU